AUGUGGACAAAAACUUGCUUAACUUUGACAUUGCUCUUCGUGGGCCUUUUCAACAAUGUCAGCUCACAAGAACUUUUUGAAGUUCGUUUGUUUUGUGAUUUUGGAAUGUACGCAAUCAACGAUUUUCUUAACUACGCUUGUACCGUGAGAAAUGUUACAUUCGACUUCAGCAAUCCUUUUUAUUACAUCAUCAUCGAAGGUCAACAUGAACCAGGAAGAACAAAUGAAGACGUUGGAAAUUUUAUCAUUCAAAGUUCAAAUGUCAACGCUAUUCCUGCAAAUAUCUUUCAAGUGUUUCCAAACAUUGUAGCUAUUUAUGGAUUUGAUGCUGGUAUAACUGGAAUAAAUCCACCAGAUUUUACCUUCGCUAAUCAGCUGAGAGGGAUUUUCGCUUCAGCGAAUAUCAUGCCAAGACUCACUGGAUCGCCAUUUUUCGUUAGAUCAACAAUAACAGACAUAAGUUUCUACUCCAAUCAAAUAGAAUUUAUUGCAAACACUUUCUUCAUUGGAUUACUAAACUUGCGUUACCUUUCAAUUGAAGGUAACAAUAUUGCAGCUCUAACUCCAGAAAUGAUGGCACCGCUAGUUAGCCUAAGGAAUUUUUACGCUUCCGCCAAUCGAUUUGAGACUCUCAGUGGACGUGUCUUUGCGAAUAAUAGAAAUAUUGAAUUUAUUGGACUGAAUGAAAACAUCAUAAAUGCCAUUGGACCGAAUGCUUUCGAUAAUCUUCCUAACUUAGAAAUCCUUGCAUUAAGUCAAAAUAGUUGCGUCGAUGAAGUAUUCACGAUUAAUGAAGACAUAACAAUUGAAACAGUGAAUCAAUCUCUCCAACAAUGCUUUAACAAUUCAGUGCCGGAACCUCCAAGAACAAGAACUCUUCUGUUUGAAGUUCGAGGAAAUAUGACAUUCUUUGAUGAAUACAAUGAUGAACUUCUUCGUAUUGAAGGUCGCUGGUGA